AUGACUGAUACCCCAUCUCAUCCGCUACCCCUUGAUCCUCGCGAGCAGCCUAUAUUGGAAGCGCUCACUUCAAUACGGGACGAAUUGACUCUUCUAAAGCAAGAUAGAACAACGUACAUCAAGGCUGCAGAUGUGCUCGUCCUGCAAGGCAAAGUAGUUGAACAAGUUAAACUUCUGAAUGAGAUAAGAGCCGAUAAGCCCGAUGAGCAAAACCGAGUGGAUCGCGUGCUGGAUGGAUGUUUUCAACUUCUCUCCCUAUUCUUCAUGACCAUUGGCAAAACCAACGAAGCACCCGCAGCCUAUUCUCUCACAUCCACGAUCAAGCGACUACUCGACCAUCUUACCGAAGUCGAUCUGUAUUGCGAGAAGGAUUUAGCACACGUUGCGCAGACUCUUGAGAGGCUAGGAGGCAUAGUGAAGAAUGCUAAGCCGUCUUACUCCCCCUUCCUUCUCACUCUUCUCGGUAACAGAAUCGAUGUCUGCCAGCGAUCAUUGAAGAACUUGAGCAAACGACUAGAGCGAAUCGGUGCAGACUUGUUACCCAUUCACGAAAAGAUCAUAUCGAUAUUGAGAUCAAUAUCAUUAGCAAAUACUAGGGCUAAGUUUUCGACAACAGAGGUGACAAAGCUGCAAAAUCAAAUAAAAGAGGUUGAUUCUCAAAGAGUUGAUGGAAAGUUUGUAACAGCCUCUGGGGAAACACCUCCAGGAAAUGAUGAAGUUUGUGAAUAUCUAGAAAGGUGUUUGAAGUGGGCGGAAGUUGUGCUGGAAAGGAAGGGACAAUUUCCAGAAGCCUUUCAAGGGCCAUAUUCCGUUCUAGUUGAGAUUCGAAACAAACUAGAGAAGCUAUCUUUGACCCAAGCCUGGUCAUUGAGGGAAACUGAUUUGUACGACUUUCAGCGACAAUUGGACAGAAUCGACGAGAGCAGAGUAGAUGGUAAUUUUGUUGAUGCUGAAGGAAAAUUUGCCGAAUUAUAUGUCCAGCGGACUUUACUCUAUUUAAUUCGACGUAGCUAUGCUUAUAUUUACUUUCUCAUGGUGUCCUCCGAACCAGUUUCUGAAGCACUUCUUCCGGUCUAUAAUCAACUUCAAACUCUGAGGCGAUGUCUCAUUGAAGUCAAAAAUUCCGGUGGAGUCAGUUCUCCAAGAGAAUUGUAUCCUUACAGCAUGAAGUUGAAUUCAAUCGACAACAUGCGUGUAGACGGCAAAUUCAUGGUCGGGCCAGAUAUUCCUGAAGGCCAAGGCAGCGUCACUGAUCUCCUUGCAGAAUGCUUUGAGCUUAGUUAUGACCUGCGUGUGGCCGCGGAGACUGAAAGUGAUGCAUAA